CAGGGCGUCGAAAUCGGUCUUUUCCUAGUGCAUCGAUCGAUUCGUGCAAGUGUAGCUCGGAGCCUCGAAACGAUCAGCGAUGGCAACUGCUGCAGCUCGCCCUCUGGUGACUGUUCAAAGCGUCGACGGGGCUGAAAAGAGCGCCCAGACUACACUGCCUGCUGUUUUUCUGGCACCAAUUCGCCCGGACGUUGUCGCCACCGUGCACACUGCUUUGGCGAAGAACAAGCGGCAGGCGUACGCCGUGAGCUCGAAAGCAGGGCAUCAAACAUCUGCGGAAUCAUGGGGCACUGGUCGCGCUGUGUCCCGUAUCCCCAGGGUUCCAGGAGGCGGUACGCACCGUGCUGGACAGGGUGCGUUCGGAAACAUGUGCCGUGGUGGUCGCAUGUUUGCGCCCACGCAAAUUUGGCGCCGCUGGCACAGGAAGGUUAACCUAAACCAGAAGAGGUACGCAAUUGCGUCCGCAUUGGCUGCGUCCGCGGUCCCCUCUUUGGUUCUUGCUAGGGGUCACAAGAUUGAGCAGGUUCCUGAGGUGCCGUUGGUCUUGAGCGACGGCGCUGAGGCUAUCGAGAAAACUUCCGCGGCUGUGAAGUUGUUGAAGACUCUCGGUGCCUACACUGAUGUUGAGAAGGUGAAGGCCAGCCACGCAAUUAGGGCUGGCAAGGGUAAGAUGAGGAACAGGAGAUACGUCUCUCGUCGUGGGCCUCUUGUUGUAUAUGGUACUGAGGGUGCCAAGCUUGUGAAGGCCUUCAGGAACAUUCCUGGUGUUGAGGUGGUUUCUGUUAAUCGUUUGAACCUUCUCCAGCUCGCUCCAGGUGGUCACCUUGGACGAUUCAUUGUCUGGACCAAGUCGGCUUUUGAGAAAUUGGACGAUAUCUUUGGCACCCAAGAGAAGAAGUCCCUCCUCAAGAAAGACUACAUCCUCCCCAGGAACAUCAUGGGUAACCCUGACUUGGGUAGGAUCAUCAAUUCUGACGAGGUCCAGAGUGUCGUCCGUCCUACCAAGGUCGACACCAAGAGGCGUGCACUGAAGAAAAAUCCUUUGAAGAAUUUGGGAGCUCUUCUGAAGCUCAACCCUUAUGCCAAGACUGCCAGGAGGAUGGAGCUUUUGUCUCAGGAGAGACAGGCGAAGGCGAAGGUCGAGAAGUUGCAGAGCAAGAGGAGUCAGCUCAAGCCCGAGGAGAAGGAGUUGAUCAAGAAGCAGGGGGCUUCAUGGUACAAGACCAUGGUUUCAGACUCAGAAUACACGGAGUUCGAGAACUUUACCAAGUGGUUGGGCGUUUCUCAGUAAAUAGAUUAUUGAUAGUUGCUUUUCGCGUGUACUGGACUUAUUCGAUGGAAUCUUUCUCGGUUUCUCUUGCUCGAGUAGAGGCUCACUCGAUUAUAAACUGUAAGCGUGUCCUUUUAAUGAGAUUAAUCCGGCUUGUCAAUCUGUUCA